AAAAAAAAUCCAAAAUUUCACAGAGAACAACUUGCAAAUACGUCUUCCAUCAUAACACUCGAGACUGGCGCGCGAAACCCAAUGCGGUUAAAGCUUGUAUUCCUUCUGACAAUAAAUCGUAGGCCGGCGUCGUUUUCAGCCAAAAUAACGAAACCAGUGUCAACAACUAUUCAAAAGUGUCCGCCACAGUCAGUGAGUUAGACUGAGCCUACCCGUGCACAUUAGUCCAUCAGUCGAAGAUGGCGGAGGUGGCCACAAAAAGUAUUCUCUGCAGAUAUUUUCUUGCAAAUGCGUGUCGGGAUGGAAACGAGUGCAGAUUUUCCCACGACAGAGCAACCGGAAUUGUCGACAAUGUCUGCCGCUACUUCCAGAAGGGUGAAUGCCGGUACGGCAAACGAUGUCGGGACGAUCACGUUCGCAGGCUUUCCAACGGCCAUCGAGAAGUGAUCUCUCGAGGUAGAAACUCCCAUCAACCACGUAGUCCGGCCACCGACGGCAGCAGACAUUAUGGAGGCAGCAGUAGCAGUGGGGGACAAAGCCUUCAUUUCCAUGGACCAGGAGCAUCAGGAUCAUCUGGAGGAGUGGUCGACGGUCGUUCGUUUGCCGAUGCAGUACGGCCCUUCGCCGAUCCGCUUGCGGCGGAGCGUGCGCGGUUAUCACGUCUUCCUUUGUGCGAGUAUCAUAUGAUCUCGGGUGCGUGCCCAGAUAAGCGGUGCCGUGCUGUUCACGGUGAAUACUGUGAUGCCUGCAACAAAUUUAUCCUCCACCCACACAACCCUGACCUCGUCAAACAGCACCGGAAGGAUUGUUUAAAACAACAGCAACAGCAUGCUGAACUAGCGGCGGCCAUUGCUCGAUCAGCAUCCCUAUCAUGUGGCGUCUGUAUGGAGACAGUCCUCGAAAAAGAGCCUCCUUCGAGUAGAAGGUUCGGUAUCCUCGAAUCGUGCGCACAUGUCUUCUGCUUGCAGUGUAUUCGGCAAUGGCGACAGGUUAAAACUUUCGAUACAAAGACUGUCCGUGGCUGUCCCGAGUGUCGGACGCCAUCUGACUUUGUGACGCCUUCUUCAUAUUUCGUCGACCGAGGUGAAGAAAAGCGGGCGCUUAUUGAGGGUUACAAGAACGCGUUAGCGACAAAGCCGUGCAAGUACUUCAAGCAGGGCCGUAGUACUUGCCCCUUCGCCAACAAAUGUUUCUACAAACACGCUCUUCCAGACGGCACGCCGGCUCCUGACGCUGGCCCUCCUACAACCCGUCGACGCUUCGACGCCGAGGGAAGCGUGCAGAUCUUCGAGGAAGUGUUAUGGCGGUUUAUGGACAACAUGUACGAUGAUGUGGUGUAUGGGUCGGACGCCAGUGCCCUCGAGGAAAUCAUGUACGACGAUGACUAUUAAUCAUGAUAUCGUGGUGAUAAGGAAGAAUAAGGCAAACAUGGAGGGAAUGACAGAUAGAUUGAAGCGAGGAUGACCAACUGAGGACUGGAAAGGGCUUCACAACGACGAUGACAUUUACACGUGACGAUACUACCAAAUAUCCAAUCAUCAUUCAGUAAUGAAGAAGAGUAAACAGUUGCAAGGAUAUUGAAACACGAUAGUCCAUCAAUCAUUUACUACCAUUACACAAUCGUUAGAACUAGCAGCAGUAGAAGAAAAAGACACUCGGAAGCAGUGUCGCGAAUCCUUCUUCACUCAAGAUGCCAACGAUUAUCGAGUCAACAAGUAUUUCUGAAGUCUGGUCGAUAUACAAACAGUUUAUUAAUAUAUAGAUAACGAAUAUAAUCAACCCAUGCUGGCGACGCAUCAUUAAAAACAAACACCAGGAAUCUCGAUCCACUCCACAUAUUUAUUUCGAAUAAUGGAGAGGUUGCGUCGUGAAGGGAAGAGAAAAUCUGAUUCAUGACAAAAGCACAUAGGUGUCCAUUAUGCAGCAAAAGCGGCAGCAGCAGGUUCGGUACAAUUGUGCGCGGGACAAAAGAUAGUUACCGAUAUAUAUAUAUAUAUAUAUAUAUAUAUAUAUAUAUAUAUAUAUAUAUAUAUAUAUAUACACGUAUCAACAACAUGUAUAAAUACAAUGUGUAUAGCAACUGUGAUCUGAUCCGGUAAGGGGACGGAGACAAGGAACGCUCCGGACUGCUUAGUGUUUGGCUUCCAUGUAGUCAAAUGACCCCCUUGUCACACUCGCGCCGAACAAAUGACCAACGAUUCGUGAUCUCGUCAGCGCGGGUUGUUCCUCUGUCGCACUCUGAUGACCUAGACUCAUCCGUCACUGUGAUCCGAGCGGAACGUCGCUAAAACCAGUUCAAAGCAACACUCAGUUCAGUGUCCCGUAAAAUCUAUGCCGUUCUGCUUGCCUACCUGGCUGCCAGGCAGCAUCCUCAAGUUGUGCAAACAGCUGCCUUUCAGCUCGCUCAGUCUGCCACGAGUCAGUACGUUGACGAAUGCCUGUAGCUGCACGCUCGCAAACAUCAUGUACUCGACCCAGUCAUGGGGGCGCUUUCUGCGUGCCAUGAAAUUCGCAUUGCACUAUGACGGCGUGUUAAAAGAGUCGAACGUUUAUGCGAAGCCUCGCCAAGACGAGGUCGCAGGUACAAAUGCUAGAACGCAACCACUGUCAGACGGAAAGAUACAAAUGCUACUUUACGUUUCGUGCGCGGCCAUCAACGAGCGCUCUAACGGGCUACGGCAACGUUCUGAACAGAAUCUAAUGAGAAACCACUACCGAUAAGUGAUUGACGUUAAACCGAUUAUUUAUGAUGACACUAUGAUCGGAUGAGAAAAGAAGUACAGUCGGAAAGUAGAAACGAGGGCUGGUGAAAACGUAACGUUUAUAUAACGACAUUAUAUCCUGGGAGAGGCUGUUGUUGAGGGACUCAAAUUUGAUCAAAUCUGCCUUGCAGACAUUUUUCGCCCUUAUUAUAAAAAAGGUGCGUUUUUUCUACGGUUUUAGAAUUAUCUUAGACCAGUAGCUAGUGAUAUAUAUCGUUAAUUGUACAGAAACGUACUGAAAAAAAGCACUCAACAACGGUCAGCUGCCCUGUAACGAAGCUAUGAAAAUCACGAAAAAAACAGCGAAAGCACGUAGAGGCAACGAAUUCCAAAACAUGUCUACACGCUUUUGAAACGUGUUUCCGUGACUCUGUGUAUCAAGGCUAAAUGAUGCGUAAACUUGAAAACGAGUAAAUUGGUGAGCGUAAAUAAUUCACAUGAAAGGAACCGACGGAGUGUACCAAUGCUGAUAACAAUGAUUAAAUAAAACGAAAUGAAUGAAACUACUUCAGAUGACCUAGCACAGCAAGAAAGCACGAGCAAAUAUGGCGAAGAGAUGAAGAUGACAAACAGAAACCACGUCUGCCGCUGCCUCUUCGUCGCAGCGACCCGGCCAACUCCACAGGCUCCUGACCAUUUGUGGAUAGAUGGCAGUUGUUGUGUGUCGCAGCUCGAAUUCGGGGAGGUACCGUCGGCUCGAUGGUUACUCUGUGCGCCAACUGUGAUCAAUCGGCCACACACCGUAGCCGUACGGGAGCGCAAUCUGUAAACAAUGCUAUACGUAUUAUUACGAAUGCUUCGAAUUCUAAGAAUAUAUAUACGCUGUAGCAUAAUGAUAUUGCAGUAACUGAUCAAGCGAUGCAGAAAAAGGAUGAAAGAAAAGCGGUAGUGACGUUUUCAUGACGAUGUGUUGCAUUACUCGAACAAAUUCAUAAUAUAGUGGGUCAUUGAACUGGGUGACAACAAAAGACCCCAAGAAUGCUGACCCACUAUCUAGAAAAUAACAGCACAGAGGCAAUAUGAUGACUAGGAAGGAAUAGCAAUUCUAAAUUAUGCUGGUAAUAUAAAUUGAAUAAUUUGAAUAUGAAUUAUGAAAACGACAGAAAUUAUCCUACAACAAAAGAGACAGUAACACAUACACACUCCGGUUCGUACAUAGUGGUAAAGAUAGAAAAUUAGCAAUUCUGACGACGAAAUCGAAGUUUUUGGUGACAACAACAGGCAAAGCAAUACAACAGUGACUUGUAACUAGCAGUAAUUAAUUGCUAACGGUCCUGGUAUAGAACUGACGAUUAGCUACGGUGAUGUUGGCAAAAAUCUCGAACGGCUCCCUAAAUAAACCUGCGACAAGUAACAAUUACAGCGAAGUAUAUUGGAGGCAAUUCGUGACAUUUUAACUGAAAUAGAUAAAGAAAUAGAGUACAGAUAUGCUGUGCUCGUGGAAUCCGUCAUAAUGGUAAGAUUGUGCACGCCGGUGCAAUACACGGUAAAAUUCAGCAUCUCAUUAUUCUCUUGUUUGUGAUAGCUAGCAGCGAUGGAAUAACGAAGUCAUUAUAGUGGAAGUUCGUCGUGUUGCAGUAGCAAAAAUCGUAAUUGGAUGGUGUCACAGGAAUCACACAAGGAGUAAAGCAGUACACUGUAAACUGGAUUGAGACAGCGGAAGAGUGGGUGGAUGGAUGCACGGCGGCAGGUAAAAGAUAUAAUACAGAAUGAAAAAAGCAAAUUUCUUACGUCUAUUAAUGAAUUUGCAAAUUUAUAUACGUUUGAGACAAAGAAAAACGACCUGUUUGACCAAUCCGGUAUUUCUAAGGUCUUCUGAUAGCGAUAAAGGAUGAGUGUCAAAUGUUGUUUAAAAGAAAAAAAAAAA